AUGGGUUGUGUAUCAUCGAAGCAGUUCAGACGAGCUCCACCGCAUGAGGAUGCGGCUCUCCUGGCCAAAGAGACCACAUUUUCCUUGAAUGAAGUGGAGGCCCUCUACGAGCUGUUCAAAAAGAUUAGCUAUUCUAUAUUCAAGGAUGGCCUUAUUCACAAGCGCCAAUUUGCAAACUGCCAUUUUCUUCAACAGGAGGAGUUCCAACUUGCUCUCUUCAGGAACAGCAACCGGAAGAACCUUUUCGCCGAUCGGAUAUUUGAUCUGUUUGAUCUGAAGCGAAACGGCGUGAUUGAAUUCGAGGAGUUUGUUCGGUCCCUCCACAUUUUUCACCCGGAUACACCCAUGGCAGACAAGAUUGCAUUUGCAUUCAGACUAUAUGACCUGCGAGGCACCGGCAGCAUUGAACGUGAAGAGUUGAAGGAAAUGGUGCUUGCAAUCCUGAACGAAUCGGACCUACUUCUUUCUGAUGAUGCCGUCGAACAGAUUGUAGAUCAGACAUUCAAGCAGGCAGACCUGAACAGCGACGGGAGGAUAGAUCCCGACGAAUGGAAAGAGUUUGCAAGUAAGAAUCCAGCCUUGCUGAAGAACAUGACUCUCCCAUACCUGAAGGACAUAACCAUGUCAUUCCCCAGCUUUGUUGUCUACUCUGGAGCCGGCGACGAAGAGUUGUAG